UUUUUUUCUGUUGUAAUCGAAAGCUAUUAUCAUCGGUGCCCAUCUCAUGUCUUGUAUUUGUCUAUUGUGUGGACUUUCGUGGGCUUAUUUUAAGGUUAUCUUUAGAGAUAUUUUUUGCGUUUUGGUCUUGUAGUUGGAUAAGAAUGUGGUGUAGGAUCGAUAUCGAGUUAAAAGCAGAUAAAGAAGGUGGUGAUAUCUCCCUCACUGUCUCAUGUUCCUAUAAAUACCGCUGAUUUUCUAGCUAAAGUUUCAAGGGCGUGAAAACUGUUGGUUUUUCUCUUUGGAAAGAUUAUGGAAAACAAAGAGAAAAAGUUCCUCACGGUAGCUCCCUUUGAGUGUGCUUGGAGAAAGGAUUUGAAAUUUCGGGAAGCUGGCAGAGGAUGUGUAGCAUUCGAUGCUUUUGCACACAAUGAUGUUACUGUGGUGUUUAGGGAGAAUGUUGGAAGUCAGCACUACCAUUAUAAGAGGGAUAGCAGUCCUCAUUAUACUGUAAUCAUUGGUAGCCAUAGGAAUCGUAGAUUGAAAAUUGAGGUGGAUGGCAAAACUGUGGUUGAUGUAGCAGGUAUUGGCCUAUGUUGUUCUCCUGCAUUUCAGAGUUAUUGGAUCAGUAUCUAUGAUGGAUUGAUUAGUAUUGGUAAAGGAAGAUACCCUUUUCAGAAUCUUGUGUUCCGGUGGCUAGAUACAAAUCCAAAUUGUAGUGUUCGGUAUGUUGGCCUUAGUAGCUGGGAUAAACAUGUAGGUUAUAGAAAUGUUAACGUAUUGCCCUUGACUCAAAAUCAUUUGUUGCUGUGGAAGCAAGUGGACUGUGUUGAAUACAAUGGUGAUGAGGAGUUGGAAGAUGAACAAAUGGGUUAUGAGAAGUGGGGACUUGAAAAUUUUCUCGAGAGUUGGGAAUUAUUUGAUAUGUUCUUCAUUGUUGGUGAGGAUGAAAGGCCUGUCCCUGCUCAUAAGGUUAUAUUGCAAGCAUCAGGAAACUUUUCUCUGAGCUCAUCAGAUAGAGAUGUUGUUCAACUGCAGCAGGUAGCAUAUCCAAUUCUUCAUGCUCUUCUUCAAUAUGUAUAUGCAGGCCAAACCCAGAUUUCAGAGACACAACUUAGUUCCUUGUGGGCUCUGAGCUUACAGUUUGAAGUGAUGCCACUGGUGAAGCUAUGUGAGGAAGCAAUGGAGCGGUUUAAAGUAAACAAAAAGUUGUUUGAUUCCGGUAAGACUGUGGAGUUAUCAUAUGCAAGUUCUCAGCUCCAUUCUGGAGGAACCUUCUCCUCUGGUCUCCCGAUAAACAUGCAGAGGCUCCAACAAUUGCGUUCAACAGGCGAGUACAGUGACAUUAGCAUUUGCAUUGAAGGUCAAGGUUUCAUUGCUCGAGCUCAUAAAGUUAUUCUCGGCUUAUAUAGUGUCCCAUUUGCAAAGAUGUUCACAAAUGGAAUGUGUGAGAGCAGCUCGACUGAGGUUUGUUUACAGGAUGUGUCUCCAGCAGCAUUGAAGGCUAUGCUUGAAUUCAUGUACUGCGGAGAACUCAGGAUUGAGGAUACUGAGGACUUUGGUACCUUGUUACUCCAGCUCCUUCUAUUGUCUGACAAAUAUGGAAUCUCUCUUCUUCAUCAGGAAUGCUGCAAAAUGCUUUUAGAAUGCCUCUCUGAGGACUCCGUCUGUCCAAUCCUCCAAGUGGUUUCAUCAAUCCCAUCAUGUAAUCUUAUCAAAGAAACUUGUGAAAGGAUACUUGCAAUGCACUUUGACUACUGCACAACUGCAAGCCUUGAUUUCAUCUCUUUAGAUGAGACAACUUUUAGGAAUAUUAUUCAGCAUCCAGAUCUAAAGGUAACAUCUGAAGAAAGGGUUUUAGAUGCAAUUUUGAUGUGGUGCAUGAAAGCAGAGAAAUUGUGUGGGUGGGGGGUGGUGAGUGAGCUAAUGAUAAAUUCAACUUCAGAAAGUCUGUUCAAGGGUAGGCUUCAACCAGUUAAUGACUUGCUUCCAUCUGUGCGGUUUUCUUUACUGCCAUAUCCCCUGCUUAAGGAGUUAGAAAAUACCUUUCUAAGCAGGCAGAUUUCCUCUUUUGGUGAUCUUGUUAAGGAAGCCAUUAAUUAUAUAGAAUGCAGAGUGGCGACCCAUGGAAAUGACCAGAAUGUAAGAUUUCAACAUAGGCGUUCCAGUUAUAAGGAGCUCCAGUAUAUAUGUGAUGGGGAUAGCAAUGGAGUUCUGUACUUCGCUGGGACAUCAUAUGGGGAACAUGCAUGGGUUAACCCUGUUCUGUCUAAGAGAAUUGCUAUUACUGCUAGUAGCCCCGCUUCAAGACACACUGAUCCCAAGGUUUUGGUAUCAAGAACUUACCAGGGAACGUGUUUUGCUGGGCCUCGUAUGGAAGACAGACAUAUCUGUGCAUGGUGGAUGGUUGACAUUGGCCAAGAUCAUCAGCUGAUGUGCAACUACUACACAUUGAGACAGGAUGGCUCCAGGACCUACAUAAGGUGUUGGGAAUUUCAGGGUUCUGUGGAUGGAAGGACUUGGAUAGAUUUGAGAGUACACGAGAAUGACCAAACAAUGUGCAAGCCCGGUCAGUUUGCAUCAUGGCCUGUAACUGGACCAAAUGCUCUGCUUCCAUUUAGAUUCUUCAGGGUUCUACUUACUGCUCCAACCACGGAUGCUUCUAACCCCUGGAACUUCUGCAUUUGCUACCUGGAGCUAUACGGUUACUUCCACUGAAUAGGAUUCUAUGUGCAUCUGGCGUUUUCCAUUAUCAUUUCCUUCAAGUUUUUCGGUUACUUACACUGAAUAGAAUUAUGUGCAUCCGGCGUUUUCCAAUAUCAUGUACGAUUACACCAAAAUAAUUUAUAUAGUCUAGGACGGAAUUUACCUUGUCCAA